CUGGCCAUGGAGGGACUGGGGACGGAGGAGGAAGAGGUGGGGGUUGAGGCCGGGCUGGCGCCCGCCGAGAAGCCAUGCGGGACGGAGGGGUGGGCGCAGGAUGCCAUCCCGCCGGGCGCGGCCUUCGUCGCCGCCGCGUCGUUCCGCGGCCCCGGCAAUAACGACACGCGGAGCAACAAGGCGCUGCCCAUCCUGCUGUGGUGGAGCGGGAGCCUCUUUCCCCAUUUCCCCGGCGACACGGAGCGGAUCGACUGUCCGCGCGGCUCCUGCCUCGUCACGCGCAGCCGGCGCGUGGCCCGGUACCGCCGCACCAAGGCCCUCAUCUUCUACGGCACCGACUUCAGGGCCUACGAGGCACCGCUGCCCCGCCUGCCCCACCAGACCUGGGCACUCUUCCACGAGGAGUCCCCAAUGAACAACUACGUCCUCUCGCACUCGGCCGGCAUCCAGCUUUUCAACUACACGGCCACCUUUCGUCGGGAGUCUGACUACCCCCUCACACUGCAGUGGCUGCCAGACGUAGGGUACCUGCGGGGCCCGGCCGUGCCCCUGUCCGAGAAGGAUGCUUGGCGACGGAAGGGCUAUGCACCGGUGUUGUACAUGCAGUCCCACUGCGAUGUCCCCUCAGACAGGGACCGUUACGUGCGGGAGCUCAUGAAAUACAUCCAGGUUGACUCCUAUGGGAAAUGCCUGCAUAAUCGUGAGCUGCCUAGCGAGCGACUGAGAGACACUUCUACAGCCACUACAGAGGAUUCUGAAUUUAUGACUUUUAUUGCCAGGUAUAAGUUUCAUCUGGCCUUGGAGAAUGCUAUAUGUGAUGACUACAUGACAGAGAAGCUGUGGCGCCCAAUGCACUUGGGUGCUGUCCCGGUAUACCGAGGCUCCCCAGCUGUGCGAGACUGGAUGCCAAAUAACCUCUCCAUCAUUCUUAUAGAUGACUUUGAGAGCCCCCAGGAGCUUGCAAAGUAUCUUGAUUUCCUGGACAAGAAUGGGGAGGAAUAUAUGAAGUAUCUAGAGUAUAAAAACGUUGGUGGAAUCAAAAACCAGUUCUUGCUGGAGAGCCUGGAGAGGCGGGAGUGGGGUGUGAAUGACAUGACACUGCCUAAUUACCUGAAUGGUUUCGAGUGUUUCAUCUGUGACAGGGAAAACACCCGAAUCAAAGAGGAGCAGGAACACAGAAAGUCUCAUGGGAAAGUUCCAGCUCCCAAACCUCGCAUAGCUCAGUUCAAGCACAUGGGAUGUCCUAUGCCGACCCCUGGCUUUGGGAACAUCAAAGAUCUCUCUGAAGGAGACAGUUGGAAAGAUACGUGGCUGCAGGACUAUUGGCAAAGUCUUGAUCAGGGUGAGGCCCUCACUGCUAUGAUUCAUCACAAUGAGUCGCAUCAGGGAAGAUUUUGGGACUAUAUGCAUGAGAUUUUUCUCAAGAGGACAAGGCAACACUGAUCCAUCUUUGUAAGGACUUGAUGUGACAAUUGCAGAUUCAUACCUCACUCCCAAUGUUUGCCUUGAAGCAGAAGAAAAACUCACAGAGGUGGUUUUUGUU